CGCUGCGUUGCGCAUUUCCGUCGCCAUAACGUCACUUCUGGACGUCAAUAUGCGGCUCGGUGCGGCGCUGGGAAACAGCCGCUGAAAUGAUGGGAACUAAGUAACCAGCGAAGCCUUUCCUUCAGCGAAGAGCCUCCGCUGUUACCUCCAGGGAAACGCUACAACCGCGGCGAUAAAGAAAGAGCCCACGCAGACUGACGGCUCCCUGGGUGGUUAUCCCCCGAAGCGGCGGACCGCCUGCCUCAAGCAGCCAUCUUUUGUGAGAGAAUGUACGGGGCGACGCGGUGGGCCUGCUCGGGCUCCGGCUCCGGCCCCGGCCGGAGCUGGUUGAUGCUCACAACCGCGCUGCUGCUCUCGGCCGUCGUGCUGCUCUCCGGGCUGCCGGGUCUCACCGAGGCGAAGGAAUGCGACAAACCGUGUAUGAACGGACAGUGUAACACCGCUACGGGCAGCUGUGUGUGUUUCCCCGGCUGGGUCGGGGACCAAUGCCAGCACUGCGGAGGGCGAUUCAGGCUCACAGGACCGUCCGGUUACCUGACUGAUGGCCCAGGAAACUAUCAGUACAAAACCAAGUGCACCUGGCUUAUCGAGGGACAGCCAAACACCGUUCUGAGAUUACGAUUCAACCACUUUGCCACUGAAUGCAGCUGGGACCAUCUCUACGUUUACGACGGCGACUCCAUUUACGCGCCGCUGCUCGCUGCUUUCAGUGGGCUGAUUGUUCCGGAGCGAUACGGGAAUGAGACGGUUCCUGAGGUGGUGUCCCAGUCCGGCUACGCCCUGCUGCACUUCUUCAGUGAUGCAGCCUACAACCUGACAGGCUUCAAUAUUUCAUACAGGGUCAACACGUGUCCCAACAACUGCUCUGGCCGUGGCGAGUGCCGGGUGGGCAACUCCACCGCCUCCGUUUACUGCGAGUGUGAAGCCAACUGGAAGGGCGAAGCCUGCGACAUCCCAUACUGCCUGGAUGACUGCGGUUACCCUGAAAGGGGCCGCUGCCAGGGAAAGAGCUGCAUCUGCAAAGCCGGGUGGCAAGGUCUGGACUGCUCCGUCUCGGUUCCCGCCAACUCCUCGUUUUGGAGCCGCGAGGAGCACCUGGAGCCCGGCCUGGCCAGGGCGUCCCACAAGGCCGUGGUGGAGCAGGGCGUCAUGUGGGUCAUCGGAGGCUACGUCUUCAACACGUCCGACUACCACAUGGUCAAAGCUUACAACCUCAGCAGCAAGACCUGGCUGACCCUUGACCCCUCCGUCAACACGGUGACCCCUCGAUAUGGUCACUCACUGGCUCUGCACGAGGGGAAGAUCUACAUGUACGGCGGAAAGAUCGACUCAACCGGAAAUGUGUCGAGUCAGCUGUGGGUUUUCCACAUCCAGAACCAGACCUGGGUCCUCCUUACCCCCCGGCCCAAGGACCAGUACGCUGUGGUGGGACAUUCGGCCCACAUAGUGCCGCCCGCGCAAGAGUGGGACAGUCCUGUCAUGCUGGUCCUGUUUGGACACUGUCCUCUUUACGGUUACAUCAGCAAUGUGCAGGAGUACAACAUCGUGAAGAACACGUGGAGCGUGGUGAGUACAGACGGCGCGCUGGUCCAAGGCGGCUACGGCCACAGCAGCGUGUUUGACCCCAGCACCAGAGCCAUCUACAUCCACGGAGGCUACAAGGCCUUCAGUGCCAACAAGUACGGGCUGGCGGGAGACUUGUACAAGUUUGACGUGGACAAACGGAAAUGGACCAUUCUGAGAGACAGCGGCUUCUUCCGCUACCUUCACACGGCGGUCAUAGUGAGCGGCGCCAUGCUGGUGUUUGGAGGAAACACGCACAACGACACGUCUAUGAGCCACGGCGCCAAGUGCUUCUCCUCGGACUUCCUGGCCUACAGUUUGGCCUGCGACGAGUGGACGGUGCUGCCCCGACCGGACCUCCACCAUGAUGUGAACCGCUUCGGACACUCCGCCGUCUUCAGUGACAGCAUCAUGUACGUGUUCGGGGGCUUCAACAGCCUGCUGCUGAGCGACAUCCUGACGUACACCUCGCCCAGCUGCUCAGCCUUCACCAGCCCGUCGUCCUGCAGCCAGGCCUCGCCCGGGAUCCACUGCGUGUGGAACGGCAGCCUGGGGGCGUGCCUGCCAUGGGAGGGCAACAGCUCCAGCGCCGAGCCGCAGCAGCAGCUGCAGCAGCUCCCGGCCUCCUGCAACACCAGAUCAUAUGCCGAUAACGAGAGGUGUGAGCAGUACACAGACUGCUACAGCUGCACGGCCAACACAAACAGCUGCCAAUGGUGUUCGGGCCAGUGUGUGUCUCUGGGAAGUAACUGUACCGCUGCAACGGGAUCCAUAGCGGAGUACGAUGUUUGCCCCAAAGACAACCCCUCAUAUGUGUGCAAUAAGAAAACCAGCUGCAAGAGCUGCUCUGUGGACCAGAACUGCCAGUGGGACAAUCGCAACCAGGAGUGUAUCUCACUGCCAGAGAACGUGUGCGGCGAGACCUGGCACCUGGUGGGCAACUCCUGCCUGAAGUUCAACACGACCAGCGAGUCGUACGACAACGCCAAGCUGGCCUGCAGGAACCACAACGCCGUUUUGGCCUCCCUCACCACGCAGAAGAAGGUGGACUUUGUCCUGAAGGAGCUGCAGAUCAUGAACGUCAUGUACAAGACAACGAUGACUCCCUGGGUGGGGCUGAGGAAAAUCAAUGUGUCCUACUGGUGCUGGGAGGACAUGUCGCCCUUCACCAACACCACCCUGCAGUGGCUGCCCGGCGAGCCGAGCGACGCCGGGUUCUGCGGCUACCUGGCCGAACCGGCCUCCAGCGGGCUGAAAGCGCAGUCCUGCAUCAACCCAGUGAACGGCAGCCUGUGUGAGCGACCUGCGAACCACAGCGCCAAGCAGUGCAAGACCCCCUGUGCCAUGCGGACCACCUGCAGCGAGUGCACCAGCGGCACCUCGGAGUGCAUGUGGUGCAGCAACAUGAAGCAGUGCGUGGACUCCAACGCCUACGUGGCCUCCUUCCCGUUCGGCCAGUGCAUGGAGUGGUACACCAUGAGCAACUGUCCACCUGAAAACUGUUCCGGCUACAGAACAUGCGGCCAGUGUUUGGACCAGCCCGGUUGCGGCUGGUGCACGGACCCCAACAACACGGGGAAAGGCCAGUGCAUAGAGGGUUCCUACCGAGGGCCCUUCCAGACGUUGGUGCCGGCGCCAUCCACCCUGCCCGGUCUGCCCGCCAGCCCCCAGCCCUCCCUGAACUCCAGCAUGUGCCCCAGCGAAGCCAAGUAUAACUGGUCCUUCAUUCAUUGCCCAGCCUGUCAGUGUAAUGGCCACAGUCAGUGCGUCAAUGAGAGCGUGUGCGAAAAGUGCGAGGACCUGACAACCGGCCGACACUGCGAGAGCUGCAUCUCCGGUUUCUACGGCGAUCCGACCAACGGGGGCAGCUGCCAGCCCUGUAAGUGUAACGGCCAUGCCAGCAUGUGCAACCCCAGCAACGGGAAAUGCUUCUGCACCACCAAAGGCAUUAAAGGAGAUCGAUGCCACAUGUGUGAAGUGGAGAGCCGUUACCAAGGCAACCCCCUCAAAGGGACAUGCUACUACACGCUCCUCAUCGACUACCAGUUCACCUUCAGCCUGUCGCAGGAGGACGACCGCUACUACACCGCCAUCAACUUCGUGGCCACACCUGAGGAGCCAAACCGCGAUCUGGACGUGUUCAUAAAUGCCUCCAAGAACUUCAACCUGAACAUUACCUGGGCAACCAGCUUCACAGCAGGCACCCAGACCGGAGAGGAGAUUCCAAUCAUCUCCCGGUGUAACAUCAAGGAAUUCAAAGACAGUUUUUCCAACGAGAACUUUGAUUUCCGCAACAGUCCGAACAUAACGUUCUUCGUCUACGUCAGCAACUUCACGUGGCCCAUUAAGAUCCAAAUUGCUUUUUCCCAGCACAGCAACUUUAUGGACCUGGUGCAGUUCUUUGUCACGUUCUUCAGCUGCUUCCUGUCGCUGCUGCUGGUGGCCGCCGUGGUGUGGAAAAUCAAACAGAGCUGCUGGGCGUCACGACGACGAGAACAACUGCUGAGGGAGAUGCAGCAGAUGGCCAGUCGGCCUUUUGCCACCAUCAACGUGGCCUUGGAGGCGGACGAAGAGCCACCUGACCUGAUAGGAGGAAACGUUAAGUCCGUUCCAAAACCCAUCGCCCUUGAGCCUUGCUCUGGCAACAAAGCCGCCGUGCUCUCCAUCUUUGUACGGUUACCCAGAGGCUCCGGUGGCAUCCCUCCUCCAGGACAGUCUGGUCUGGCGGUGGCCAGCGCGCUGGUCGACGUCUCCCAGCAGAUGUGCGUGGGCUACAAGGAGAAGUCCGGGGGUCUGAGGAGCCGCAAGCAGCAGCCUUCUGCACAGCCGUCCACUUGCAUCUGAGCCUAUCGCCGCCCCUACACCCAACGCUCUUCAUCCCCCCGCCCCGCUCCCUCCUCCUCCUCGCUGCUCAGCCUCCCUCCUUCAGAGACUUCUGCCAGCUCCGCUCUGGCAGGGAGAGGUGCAUGCUGGGACGUAGUACUGGAACAUUUUGAUGAGAUCAGCAGGCCCCCCCCCCUUCACUCUCUCUGUCUCCUCGAACCAAAACUGACCGGGACAAAGAUGGAGGGGUGUUGUGGGGGUUUCGGGUGGGGGUGAGAGAGGACCAGAGGAGACGCUGACUCCGCCCCUUCCUCCACGUUUUACAUUUGUUGACAGGGCCUGGACGGAGUGGAGACGGCUGGCUGCUACAGCACAUCCUCAGUCUCGUAGUUUCUAAAAAAAAACAAACUCUAGAGACUCUGCAACCCAUGUUUUAAUUUAAAUUAUUAUUAUUUUUGUUAUUGUUGUUGUUCUGCUUUUUAUAAAUUUUAUUUCACUUUGAAUCGAAGGAACAAACUAGAAAACACUUAACUACACACUCCAAAAAAAAAAACCACAGCUUUCCCAGCGGCGUCGUUACCCAUCUGUAAGCAUUGAGUCGAGGCCGCUGACCGGUCGCCCCGGGCAACGUAACCACACGUCCAGCAGCCUUCCGGUUGCGACGACCCGCAAGUCGGAUGAUCCACCACGCGGCCAAAGUCUGACGUUUCCAUCCAGAACCGCCUUCCUGGAACCGGACCGGGCGGAGGAAAGGAGACGCUCCGUCUCAGCCUCCCCCGCCUGCCUCGGGUCGGCCCAGCAGAGGCCGCCAGUCUGCUUCCAACGUUUCACACGCGGCGUAACGAAUCACAUGCACAUCCAUCGGUAGUUUGUGGACAUGAGAAAAUGGCGUCUGAUAAAAAUGUUCUGGCUCUAACAAGCUAACUACAGCGGUUGAACAUGAUCAGACCAACAGUUCUGUCUCUCCAUUGUUCAAAUUAUUGAUCCUGAAUCCUAAAUGCGUUGCUAUGAAUUAGGAUUAGUUAGCUGGAAGGUAACGCACGGCUUCCUGUUGACGGACCAGGAUUUAUACGGUACCAGACCGAUUGGAGCUGAGUGGUCAUCAUGUCUUACUCUGAUUCUUUGUUGUUGUUUUUAUAUAUGUGCUGAGUGACUCAUUUCACCACAACAUUUUAUUUCAGAUUCUUUUCUCAGAAAGUCGUGACGAAAACGACCGUUGAUGUUUAGCUGCAGGGCGUGGCACGAAAUUCAAAAAAACAUUCAAUCUGUCAAUCAAAAACAUGAAGAUGCUGCUAUGACUAAAAAGGAAGAUGAACAAUAAAUAAACCAAUAAACACAUACGUAAAAAAUUUAAAUUCCUCAAUAAGAGACAACACUUAGCACAGCUAGGCGGCUGUAAAACUACCAACUAUUUCCCCCCCGACUAAAUUAAAAGAGAAAAAUAGCACUAAUAAAUGUUUAUGCCUACUUCUUUUUUUUUUUUUUUUUUUCAAAGAAUGGAAGAUGAGGGAAUCAAAGGAAUCAGUAAAACUUCUGCCGGUUGUAGCAAACAGCAGCGUAGUUAUUGGUGCACAUGUCCAUCUGGACACACCGGUCAGAGGCUUCAGGCCGAUUUCCAAUCUACGCUUGUUUUUGUGAAAUCUUUGAUUUGCAAGUUUAAGAUUUUCAGCCUUCCUGAAAUCUGCUGAAUUCGUCUCCCAUGUCAGAUUCACUCAUACAGCAGCUGUACCAAACACCAGCUAUUGGUUUGAAUUUCCAUACAGGCUAUUGCCUGUAUGGAAAGCACAAAACUGCUAAAUGAAACGUAGCUUUUGUUGCAGGAGCCUGAGUGAACAAACAGCCUUUAUGUCUGCUUUAUUUGAAAACGCCUUACUUUUACUUAAAAUAGACGAGUCUGAGUCUUUUUCCAACAAGCUAAUAAACUUGUGAUAUUCGCAAGCUAAUUUGCAAUUAGCUUGCGAAUAUGUAGCGAACAUUUGAAAUGUCGCAAAAAAGGAAAGGAAAAUGCAAAUUAGGCGUAUUCCAGCUACUGGUUAGGAGUGAAUCAACCAGCCUAUGCUAGCUCUGAUUUAAUCUGAUGAUGAUGCUAUUUACAACCGUCAUAAACGGGAAGUAGCGGCUGCUAGCUGGCACAGACCACACAUCUCAGAAAAAGAGGCAGCCUUCCCUCUUAGGUGAAGGUUCAGAUUUUAAAAUUCUUCCAGGUUUUGUGCUUCUGGUAAGGCCCAGCAGUGGAUGGGAAAGUUUAAUAUGUUAGAAUUUAUUCUGCAAAUCUGUUUCCAUCUCCUCUUUUAGCAUUAGCUCUUUUUCCGAAAACCCAUUCAUUGUGGGCUUUCCGACAAAUGCUAGCUUGAACGUUCCUCAGUUUUUUUGCGAAACCCAGAGAGGUUUUCCAAAUUUUGCCGUUUCCAUCCACCGUUUCUAGUGCGAUUAAGAAGCGGUAAUGGAAACACGGCCAGCAAAAACACAGAAGAGUUUGGUUGUUUUUUUUUAUUGUCACUGCUAAGUAGCGUUUCACGGAACCGGAAAGGACCUGAUUUUUAAACUUUUGACUGACCAGUCGCCCGUCCAGCUGGAUUCUGGUCCCGAGACAAUUUUUUUCUUGUAUCGCAUCUUUUUUAUUCUUCAUUUUUAACCUUCAGCUCCAUCGUCAUUCUCGGCUUCCUCCUGGACGGUCAUCUUUUCCGCAGUGUUUCUUGCCACAACACCUGCAGGGUUCUGGCAGAAGACAGAGACAUAAUUCAAUAGCAGAAAUCCCUACCGCCUCACAAGGUUAUUAACUUCCCGCCCUCUGAAAAGUGCCAUUAUGGAACAGUUUAAUAACCUGCGUUGUGCCCUAAAGAGCUUGUUGUGUUUGGUUGCGAGCUCUCCCAUGUGCUCGGCGCCGUAGAACUGCUCAGCGUCGAUCUGGUCGGUUAAAGGGCACACUUUUAGCGGCGGGAAAAGGUCAGAGCAGAAAGCAUGAACAAAGUUGACAUUCUGUAAUUACAAAACGCCCCACAACUCCACUCAGCAACUCCAGCAGUCACCGCAGCAUUAAGAAGUCAACACUACUUCUGCUGGUUUUGCUUUUUCUCUUUUCUUUUUUCCCCCCGCUCAACUCAUUUCCAUCGAAGCUAAUUUUUGUUUUUAUUUUUCUCUAGCGUUUAUCGCAACAUUAGGAAGUACUGCUUAAAUCUGCUGCUUCUGCUAACGCGUGGUGUUUCUAAAAGUUUCUCAGCAUCACUUGCACUCGCGCGCUCACCCCCACACACGCAAACACGAAUCAGACGUUAUGAAAUGCAUUUUACCGUUGGAUCUCUUUUUUUCCCACCAUCUUUAAUAUCAGAGUCUGCAAAGUCAUUCGAAAACGUCGCUGCUUUCUCGCUUUUCACAAACUGAUUUGCAAAUCAAAGAUUCUUCAUUUAUUACAAACUGGAAAAAUGAAAAACAUUCAGUAGUGUGUCCGGGAGCAGAUGGCGACCAGAAUAAAGAUAACCUGCGCAGUCCGGUUACCAUAACAAUGGUUGAUGUCCUGCUGACACCAAGAUGGCUGACCUCUGUGUUGCUCUCUCUGGCUUUUGCAGCUUUAGCAGGACUUUGAGUCCAACAGCAGCAGCGUUUCAUGUUUUAUUUACUAUUGAUGAGCUUCAGCACCUCGGUAACCGCCAUUAAAUUACAAGCCGCACUAAUGGGUUUGUUUUGUUUUUUUCUCGCAAACAUCACCUACUUUAUUUAUUGUGAGGUAAAACAGCUAAAAAGUGUCUCUUUUUUAACUCCUACAUGAUUGUACAACUAAAUGAAAUGUUCUCAGCAGUCUCAGGUUUUAGGAUCGUAUCAGAAGCGUCGUAUCAGAAGUAAUCCACUGAUUGGUUUUGGAGUCGCGUUCUCGACAUUGAUGAAACCCAGAAGCAUUAAAUAUGACCUCAGAUUUACCGUCAGCUGCUGUGUUCCCUCAGUGUUCGGAUGCAUUGCGAGAAAAUAGGGGAAUGUAAAUGAAAUAUUGCAAUUUCAGCACUUGUCUUGGACAUUUCACCUCCAACUCCUUGAUUCAGACCUGGAGAGUAGUGCUGGUUCUUAAAUUAGGAUUACUGAAGCAUUUUAACUGGCUAAUAUUAAUCACAGCAAAACAAGUCCAGUAGGCCCUUUUUUAUUGUUUUUGCCAAGUCAUGAAAAGUUUUUUUUAGUGUAACAUCAGGGAGCAGUUUCACCUCAACUCUUCCAUCUCAUUCAAGUCUGUUGGACUAUCAGAUUUCUUCCAUGUUUUCAAAAAAAUACUCAUUUUGGUUCAAUGCCAACAGGUACAGUGUUAAAUCAUUGAUGUUAACAACAAACAAAAAUAGAAACAAACACAGACCGUAGACGUUGAUUACUGGAGAUGCUCUUCUCAAAUGAUCAAUUUCCAGUUUCCGAUCCUUUGGCAGCUUUUCCCCAAUUUUGGGGGGAAAAGCUGACAAGUUUUUGGCAAUUUCAAUUUGUCUUUAAGAACUUAUUAGCAGGAAGGCUACAUCGAACUGGCAUCUUAAAUGUUUUCAGCAUCUUAAACGUUUUUAGCUUUAGGCUAGCAGUUAGCAUACCGAGCAUUGCUAAAGAAACGGAUAUUUGCCUUAGCGGUCACAUUUCUAAAAGGAUUCCAGGACGUCAAAGUCAGACUGAAAACAAACUGAAUUCUCAAAAAGAUUUUUAUUUUUAAAAAUAGUGUAACUUGGUUUUUCUCCACUCCACCUUCCUGUUAUCGGCUGAAAUUCUGUCUCUCUCACCCUAAGUGAGCCACAGACGUUUCUGGACAUGUCUUGCAUCACUGUGCUUCCUCUGACCUUAUGGUAAACGCCUCAUUGAUACUGAAAGCAGCCAACUUUGAAUUGUCUUCACUUUGACCUCAUCCACAGUUGUGUCAGACCAAUCUGUUUGUGCUUUUUUUGAAAAAAAAAUAUAUAUCUUUAUCAUUGAUCAGAAAAAAGUGAGAUUUUUGAGCCAACCAGCCACUAACCUGUUGGAGCAAAUCAAACCAAAAAAUUGUCCAGAUUCCCCCAACAGUCGAUUCUUUGGUGCGUCCCUACGGCACCUUCCAAAACAAGUUGAAUGUUAUUCUGUCAAUGUUCAGUCGACUGAAGGUUUCCACCAGUAAAUCAGUGGAUGGUAUUUAUUGUGGACCAGUUGUAGGACAAUGGCAUGCGUCUGUCCAGCUGGUAAAGCUUUUCUUUUCUUUUUUUUCUUUUUUAGCUUUUUUAGCUAUGUUGCUUUUAGAAUAAAACUGAAAACUGCACGUUGCUCUGUGUACCACAACGUGGACCCGGCCCGCAACGUCUUACCGACGGAUUUGUUUGAAAUAUUGCAUGGGGGAAUGGCACAGUGAGAGACUUUUUACAGCUACUUAAACAGAUUCCUCACACAAGUUCUCACCUUGCCGUGAUGUGCUGGCCGACGAGAGUUGUGAGUUUUUUUUCCUUUUUUUAUGAAUUAAUAUCACAGGAAGAUGUUUAACUUCAUUUUAUUUGUUUCCUUGCCAACUUGGACAUCAUCGGUUUAACAAAUCGGAUCUAAAGAGCACAAGAAAUCCCCUGGGAUCUGUAAGACUCGAGUCUCUUGACCUUCUCCUUCUGAGUAUCGCACAUCGAAGCUCAGCCCCGACCAAAAACAUGAACUUUACUGUUCGAGAUCUUCCCGAUGUCGCGUUAAAGGACUUCCCCCCGGUCCUAAAGUUCAGAUUUUCCACACGAUUACCUCCCACCACCAUUUGCAGCCACCCGAGUGUGAAGUGGCCCCCGAGCUGCUCUAAAUAUACACCCGGGUGGAUGGAGUGUGUGUGUGUGUGUGAGUUUGGGGGUGGGGGCACGUGUAGAAACCUUGUACGCUGUCACCUCGGUGUUUGCGUGAAGAAACGGGCAGCUUCCUCCAAUCGAUCUCACUUACCGAGCCUCAAACUCUCUGCCAGGUAACUCUCACUUCUACAUCGGCCUUACUUCCGCUCACUUGUCUCUUGCGUUAUUCCUCUUGAAGUGUACAGACAAAUAUUUAUAAAUCGUCAUGGAAAUAAUGUCUAAUUUUAACAGUACAAGUAGAUUUAUUUUUGUCAAACACUGGCAGCAUUAAUGCGUAUUUAAAAAGCUCCGAUGCACAGGUUUAAAGCAUCCCAUUAGGGUCAUUGUAAAAUCAGGCAUUACCUUCUUCUCUCUCUCUGUCUCUUUGUAUAGCGGCAUUAUAUAUAUUGAGAAAGUAGUUUGUUAAUAUGUAUAAUUUAGCAGUUGCUGUUCUUUAUUUGUAAAUAAUGAGAAAGUAUUGUGAAUGACUUUUCAUUGGGUUUUCAAUUCAUUUGAGGCAAGUUGCAUUCAGGCUUUUAAACGUGUGAUUACAGCACAUUAGCAUAUUUUGUAUGUCGGACAGCACUGUAUGGCAAACCAGCAUCACUAAAAAGCUGAUGAACAACAUGUAAAACCUGAGAAUGGCUUACUGACCUUGUAAUUACAGAUGUACAUAAAAUAAUGACAGAACAUUUUGUCUAUUAUUAAAUGUGAAAAUUUCA